CUGGUGAUGUCCGAGCCGUGCUGUAAGAGCCGAGGGUGACCCGCGGCCCUGGCUGCUGCUGGGGCACGCUGAGCUCAGUACAUUAGCCAGAAAUGUUGUUGUGAGGACCCCGAGCACACUCCAGGAGCUGAUUGCAGCACCCCCACGUGAUGUGCUGCUCAGGGAACUCAGGUUCCUGGCAGUGACACCAGGGGAUAAAUUUAGGGGCUGUGAAAGGUGCUGUCUCCUCCCUCUGCCAAGGUGAAUGUGCUUGCAGCUGCCCAGUAGCAUGGUGUUCUCUGGAGUGCCCAGGCACAGCCAGGCAGUGGCUGGGAGAUUUUCUGCCCUCACUGCUCAUGUGUGGUGAAAGAAUCGAGUGCUUUUAUUGUGACAGUUCUCCUGUGGCGUGGUUUUGGUCUUUGCAGAGUCUGAUUUGGGCUGUGUUCAAAUUGCAGUGUUUACUCAUUGUUGCAGCAGUGCUUGGAGGGUACAAACAGGUGGGAGGGUGACUUGUUGGAGCAUCACGUGGGGAUGGGCCUUUGGCCAAAGCCACGAGGAAAUCAAGCGUGUGUUCCUGGGAGAAACCUGGAAUUCCUGCGACACAGAACGUCUCAGGACAAGGAGUGAGAACAGGCACUUUGCUGUUUGCCUUUCUUGCUGUUGCUGUAUUGAAAUCUGAGAGCUGCUAAGAAUAACCCCGAGUUCCCUGCAGCCAGGUUUGGCAGGACAGCAGCUCUGUCUCACUUCCUGUGGCCCUAGGUGAGAGCCAUUGCUCCAGCUCUGGGACAGGCUCUUGCCGUGGUGUCCUGCAGGAGCUGGAAGGUCAGAUCCUUGGGGUCAGCGAUGCUGGAGGCUCACCAUGGGCUCAGGGCAGGCUCCUGGUAGCUCUGCUCAUGCUUUGGAACUGCAGGACGGGCAGAGCAGGAUCGCAGGCUCAGUGCUCAGAUCAACUUUUGCAACUCCAGUAGCGGUUCCUCAUUCCACCCCAUCAAAACCCAGGUGACCAUUCCAACAGCCCACGUCAUGCCUUCCACGCUGGGUGCCUCGCCCUCCAAGCUGUGCCCUGCAGGGGACCAGGGCUGUUCCCAGAGCUCUGCACGUCCUGCUGGGCCAGGCUCUGCCCCUGACCGCCCGGGGCUGGCCAGGAACGGGGACCUGAACGCCGGGAGCUCCUCUCAGGUGCCCCCCAGGGACCUCCUGCGUCUCUACAGGGACAACGGCUGCGAGCACGCCUGGCCUCCUGCCACCAGGACAGAAGGCACCUGGAAGUUUGACACCCCUGCCAUCGAGCAGACCCUUAACCAGUCUCUCUUCCUGGACAGCGUGUGUGCUGACCCUCUGCACAGGUGCCAGAAGUUCAGCUCUGAGGCAAGCAAGGACCAUUUCAAGGUGCUGCCAGAGAGCAAACAGGCGCCGGGCACCAACGGAGCCGAUGGGCCGUGGCCUGGUGGGAGCAGGCUGAUGCCAGGGGGGCUCCAGGCCAGCAGCUUCUAUUCCAAACCUGUGGCAGCUCCCCCAGGCCGAGCGUGGGUGCAGGAAGGCUGCACCCUGCACCCCCACCAGGGAGUCUGCGAGCUCAGUGCCUGGAAGCAGCAGCUGGACAAGGUGCGGCUGCAGGUGGAGCAGAUGCAGUUACAAAAUGGAGGCACCUGCCCCCAUUCCUCACUGUAUUCCCCAUCCCUGCCUGCACCUGACCCAGCUCAGUGGAUCAAUAUCCUGAACUCCAAUGAAAACCUGCUCAAGGAGAAAGAGCUCCUCAUUGACAGACAGAGGCAGCACAUUUCCCAGCUGGAGCAGAAGGUCCGGGAGAGCGAGCUGCAGGUGCACAGUGCCCUGCUGGGCUGCCCAGCCUCCUAUGGAGAUGUCUACAUGCUGAGGAUGCAGGAGCUGCAGCGGGAGAACACCUUCCUGCGAGCACAGUUCACAGAGAAGACUGAGUCCCUCAGCAAGGAGAACAUUGAGCUGCAGAGGAAGCUGGCUGCUGCAGAGGUGGAUGUGAAGCUGCUCCGGGAGUCCCUGAAGGAAACAGUGCAGAAACAUGCAGAGGAGUUAAAGAAACAGGAAGAAAGGGUAAAGGGAAGAGACAAACACAUUAAUAACCUUAAAAAGAAAUGCCAGAAGGAAACUGAACAAAACAGAGAGAGACAGCAGAGAAUUGAGACCCUGGAACGAUACCUGGCUGAUCUGCCAACCCUUGAGGACCACCAGAAACAGAGUCAGAAGCUGAAGGAAUCUGAAUUGAAGACUACUGCCCUGCAGGAAACAGUGCUGGCACUGGAAACAGAGCUUGGAGAUGUCCAGGCUGCUUUCAGGGAGCAAGAGCUGCAGCUGGAAACCCAAAAGCACAAGGAGAUGGAGCUUCUGUCCAGUGUGCACAGCUUGCAGGACAAGUUGCAGCAGUAUGCAAAGAAUGCAGAGAGAGGACCCCCUGCCCAGGAUGGGGAGAGGCAGAAAAUGGAACAGGACUCUCUGAAGAAGGAGUGUGACUGCCUCAGGAAGAUUGUGGACAAAAAGCAGAAGAAGAUGGAGCAGUUAUCCUUGCAAGUCAAGAACUUGGAAGAACAGGUGGCCCAGGAAGAGGGGACAAGCCAAGCUCUGAAAGAGGAGGCAAUGAGAAGAGAAAAUGCUCUGCAGCAGCUCCGGGCUGCUGUGAAAGAGCUGUCCGUGCAGAACCAGGAGCUGAUUGAGAAGAACCUGACGCUGCAGGAGCAGCUGCGGCAGGCGCAGCUGACAGCCCAGCCCCUGCCUGCUGACACUGCCUGCCUGGCCCAGCAGCUGCACGGGGAGCUGGCCAGCUGCCUGCAGGAUCUGCAGUCUGUCUACAGCAUUGUCACCCAGAGGGCUCAGGGCAAGGACCCCAACCUCUCUCUGCUCCUGGGCAUCCACUCUGUGCAAUACCCUGUGAAGGAGAAGGAUGACCUGCUGAGCCCUGAUGGACUGGCCAAGAAACUGGUGGAGGUAAAACAGCUUCACAAAGAGGUGGAGGACUUGAGGACUGCAAUAUCUGACAGAUACGCUCAGGACAUGGGAGACAACUGCAUCACCCAGUAAAGAGCACUCCCAAAGUAAGACAGGGAAUGAAGACUUGAAACUCAGGAGUCUUGUGCUCCUACAACCCUAAACCUAUUCAGCACUUUACCAUCCCUCUGCUCGGGUACAGGAUGUGUGACUUAUCUGAUCUGUGAGGAAUCAGGGGGUUUGUUGCCAGGAGUGUUCAGCUGCUGACUGGGAUAUUCAGGGCUUCAGUGUCAGGCUUUGCAGUGGCUUUGAUCUUGUGGAAUGUGUUUUCUGCUGUGUUUGCUGGAGCUGCUGUGGUCUCUGAUGCUGGGAGAUGAAUUCUGCCUUGCCUUGCAGGCCUGUCAAAUGCUGAACAUGCAAGUGUGACAGUUAAAAUGAUGGCUAAAAGGAAAUGUAUGCCCUGGUCUUCCUGAUAACCCUCCCUCCUGUGGGACCAGAGGGUUGGCAGAGUGUUUGUGGGAUGUCUGGAUUCCACAGGCAGGCAGGUGUGCCAGCUCCACUCCUGGCAUUUCCAUCGAGGUGCUGCUGCCUUGGAUUGAUGGAGCAGGACCUGCUCUCCUCAGGUGAUGCAACCAGUGUCUUUCAGCAGCCAGCAUGAGCUGAGGAAUAAAGAACACUAAAAGACUGGAAAUGCUGCCCAUGGGCACUGUUA